AAAAAAAAAACAUGAUAACGACAUUGAUCUCGCGAAGCAAAAGUACAUAUGUAGUAAUCAGAACGAUCGUAUUCCUCAUAAUAUUUGAUAUCUAAUUUAGGUUCUCGGAAUACCAACACGUUCGUCACACAUAUGCGCGAUGAUUAAGUGUAGUCAAGUGGUGGGGAGGUAUUGCCUUGAAAUCAUGUGACCAGCACGAACGGGUAUAAAAGUCGCAUGAAUCGUAUGUUUAGUAGCCACUCCAACAGUUGGCUCCAACGUAAAAUGGAUACUGGCGUUAAUAAAAACAAGUUAACGCAUAUACAAAUCAAGGAAGCUAAAUUUCUGCCCAGGGAUUUAGUGAUUAAAAUACCAGACAAAACAAGAAGCCGAACUGGGUGAAGGGAGCAGAGCAGGGGAAACGAGACAGACAAGGACAUCCGUGUACUCACAUAUAAAUUUAAAUACAUAUGUAUACAUAGGCGUGCGCAAUUCUUUUUAAAUGAAACACAAGAUAACCUUUGAGUUGGUAUAAUAUUAAUGAUAAUCAUUUUAUUAUCAUCUAGAAUUUAUUUUAAUUAAAACCCAAUGACUUUAAUUCUUCAUUAAAUAAACUCUGUUUUAGAGGUUAUGUUUUUUUUGUUAUAUUGAAAAAAAUAGCCAUCAAUUGUUGACAGACAAAGAAGAAUUAAUUGUAAACAAUUUCAGAAUGUUAAAAAAAAUUUACAUAGUACAGGAAAGUAUAGGGAAAUCGUAUGUAUAACCUUCAAAAAAUUAAAUAGCAUUAAAAUCCGGUGGAUUUAUGAUUGAAAAAUUUUUUAUUGUCAUUCUAUAAUUAGAUAUACGUUAAAAUCACACGACUACUAGACUGUAAUGAUGCACUUAAUGCACAAAUGAUUGAAAAAAAAAAAAUAUGUAUGAGACAAGAAAAAAAGUAUCAACGUUUUACUUGACCAUCUUAAUUUAGAAACAAACCCAGAGCCGUGUCGAAAAUGACACCAAGCUACGACCUCGUUUUUCGUGGGCAUAUUGAGUGAGCAACACAACUUAAGUAAUACUCUCUUGGUGUAGACAUACUUCUGGUGUCAUACGGAAGCUAAAGAAUUCCCACCCACAGGAAUUAUUAUUCUAUUUUUAAUCCUACUGAUUUCAUAACACCCCUUUUUUUCCUUUCCAUUAUACCCAAAGAGUUUGAUUAUUAUUAUUAUUAUUUAAUUACCAAAUAUUAUUCUGACAAAUACAAACCUAACCUCUAAUGACUUAUCAUUUAUGGUAUUUAUCAAAUAAUAAUAGACCUAUCAGCUAUUUUUAAUCAACCUAAAUACCAAUUUAUUAUUAAUUAAGUCUCAAAUAAUAAAAUGACAGUAAAUAUUUAAUAAAGAUAGCAAGUAUAUAAAAAAAAUGAGUUUUAAAGAAUAAUGUGAAUUGGUGUUCUCAGAAUCGAAUUAUAAUAUCGAUUAUAUUACAGCUGAGUAAUUAAUUCGAUAACAAUCGAUAUAUCGAUAGCAAUAACCCUAGCGUCGUUAUCGAAAUAUUAUGCUAAUUCUAACCUAUAAAAUAUCACAAUACUUUGUAUGUUUUUAAUGUUGGAUUAAAAUAUCCACUUCGAUAAUAAAAAAUGUGAUAAUAAAAUAAAAAAGAAUGAAAGAAGAAGAUAGGACAAUAUCAAAAAUAAAUAAAAGCAGCCAAACGAGUUUUUCUGCAUCUUUCAUUUCCAUCAACACAAUCCAACCAUGGAUCUGUUCGCUUUACCUUCAGUCUAUCGAGCAAUCAAGAUAUUGAAGGCCCUCAGGGUGCUUUUGAAUGUAUUCAACAAACCAGUCCAAAUAAUUUGGAGAGUCUCGGAACGCUGCCAUGUAAAAUGCGAAUCCAAGCAAAUGACGAUGUCUAUGAAACGACACGACAUCGUAUGGCAGUGGCUGAGGAAAAUAAUAAAAAUAAAUGUACUAGGGUGAUAAAACCAAAUGGUCCUGAUAUUGGGAGAAAAGUGAAGGUGAAAACAACAACAAAAUCAUUACCACCUCCAGCAAAUAUUAGGCAUCGUGAAUCGAUCAUUCCAAAUUCUACCAAUAAAUCAAUGAGAGUUAAUUCUUCUUUACCAUCAUUAUCAACAUCAUCAAGCAAUCAAGUACCAAUUCCAACACCACCAACAUCAGUAGUAUCAUCUAUUAAAUCACACAAGCCUGUUACAACGAACAAUAAUCCUCCAGCUCGACAACAAUCUGACAAAAAGAUGUCUGAGUUGAUGCGAAGGCCACUCAAGGAAAGACUCAUACACGUACUAGCCUUGAGGCCUUACAAGAAGCCGGAAUUGUAUGAUCGUAUUGUUAAAGAGGGUAUCAAGGAACGUGAACGUUCUACAUUGACGUCAGUUAUAAGACAAGUGGCUUACAUGCGUGACAACACGUAUCAUCUGCAUAGGCACGUGUGGAAUGACGUACAUGAGGAUUGGCCAUUUUAUACAGAGCAAGAUAAAGCGAUGUUGAAGAGACGUAAGCCCCAAAAUUUAACUCCUCCAGGUUCUAGUGAUGGCUCAAGUGGUAGUGGACAAUCACCGAAUUCGAAUCACCCAGGAUCACCAACAGCAAUUACAGCUCCACCGCCAAAUUUAAAUUACAAAAGACCAGGAUAUUAUGAAGGAAGUGAUGGAUUUCAGACAAAACGACCGCGAAUAUCACAUUACCGUAAACCAGAGGCUAAUUCUCGGACAGAAGGAAAUAAUAAUCCAUCAAGUGUUAUUAGUGGAAAUGAGGCAAACAAUUGGGUUGAUCAACGGCAAAAUUGUGAUCGGGUUGAUUAUGGAUUGGCUGAAAGAACGACUAAUAGUGAAGUGAUAAGAGGCAACGUAAAACCGUGUUUAACACCAACAAGUGAUUGUGAAGAAGUCACUAGCAAUCGUUAUGCUGUUAAUUGGCCGUCUAAUCAACAAAUUAGUAACAACAAUAACCAUAAUUCUAGUGUUUCUAAUAAUAAUAAUAAUACUAAUGGUAAUGAUAAAGUGUCAGGAAGGAGUGAAAGUGCGAAUUUGGAUUAUAUCAAUCGUGGAGUGAAUAAUGAAAAUGGAAGGAGAAAUCGAGAGGAACGUCGAGAUAGGGAACGAGAUCGAGAACAAAAUAAUGUUAAUAAUAAUGUGAAUGAGUGUGAUUUCCCAAAUCUCGGUGCUUCCAAUUAUCCUGGUAAUCAUGGACAUGGUAAUGGAUCUCUUUCACUUCCUGAAGCUUCACCAGCUGUUCCAAGUGAUUCCAAACCUCCAGAAUAUCCUGACUACCUCACUCAAUACACAACAAUUAGCAGCAUUGAGCAAAGGAAACGAUAUAAGCAAGACUUUUAUAAUGAUUAUGAAGAAUAUCGAAGGCUGUAUGAAGAAGUUAACAAGGUUUCGAAACGGUUUGCUCAGCUACAGGAACAAAGAGAACGGGCACUUGAACUGAGAAAUUAUGAAAAUACUGAGGCACUUGAAAAACAAAUAUUGGCUGAAUAUAUAGCAACUAAAAGUGAUCCAGUUAAAAUGGAGGCUAAAAGACGUUACCAAUAUCUCCAUGAAAAGUUAGGAUACAUAAAAAGAUUAGUGUUUGAAUAUGACAAUCAAUAUUUUGCUGAUGGUGAUACAAAUAUAAAAAAUAACAACGGUAAAAGUGUUAAUGAGGGUGAUUUGCGAUACUGACAUAGACUUAAAUGGCCGUCGUCGCUCAAUCAUUAUUUACUUAUGAUCCAAGUUAUUAAUAAAAUCCAACAACAAAUUGUUAAUGUGGAGUUUAGACAUAUUAAAUAUGCAUUUGCUUAUAAAAAAAUAAUAAAUUUUAUCAAAUUAAUCAUAAA